UGAUAUAUCCAAAACACUUGUACUAUUCAUUCAAUCAAAUAUUCGUAUCUAAAAGCUCCUCCUAUAGGGCCACAUUUCCCACUAUUUCUCCUUCUUCUGAAAAAUAGACUAGCACAAAAGACUGCUAAUUCAAUAGCUUCCACCUCUUUCUCCACUUUCCUUCUUCUUUCUCAACAUUUUCCCUUUUGAUUUUGGCUCAAGUACAAUGGCUGAAGAAAUCUGUUUCUUUACAAAGGAUGCUCUUAUCAUAAAACCUCCCAAGAAAUCUCCAGCAUUGUUGAGGAUGAUUGUUGUAGUGUUUGCAAUGGUUUGCGGUGUUUAUAUCUGUUCAACCUGUCUUAAGCAAACUAACACCGAGACAACGAGCAAAUUCGUGAACAUUGAAGUUGUAGAAAGACCGUGUCAUGAAUAUGACACGGACCGAUCCCAGAUUCCAUACUUGCAUUAUCCUAAACCGAAAACCUUUAACAGGGCUGAAUGUGGCUGUAAUCCUGUACGGCUGUUUGCUGUUCUGUCAACGCAGAGGUCUGGGAGUGGAUGGUUUGAGACACUAUUAAAUAGUCAUAUUAAUAUAAGCUCCAAUGGUGAAAUUUUCUCCGUCAAAGGGCGGAGAGAAAAUUCCUCCUCCAUCUUGAGGACAUUGGACAGUGUUUACAAUUUGGACUUGUUUACCAGUGCUUCCAAGAAUCACUGUUCAGCUGCAGUAGGCUUCAAGUGGAUGCUUAAUCAGGGGCUGAUCCAACACCAUAAGGAGAUUGUUGAGUACUUCAACAACGAAGGCGUUUCCGUGAUAUUUCUUUUUAGAAGGAAUCUGCUGCGUCGUAUGGUUUCCAUGAUUGCAAAUUCCUAUGAUCGAUACGCCAAACUCUUGAACGGAACACACAAGUCUCAUGUGCACUCACAUGAAGAGGCUUCUACUCUCGCGAAGUAUAAACCAGAAAUCAAUACAACAUUACUGAUCACAGAUUUGAAGAAAAUGGAAGUGGCAGCCACUGAGGCAUUGGAGUACUUCAAUAGCACUCGGCACCUAACUCUAUAUUACGAAGAUCUUAUCAGAAAUCAGACUAAACUGGGAGAUGUACUAGAUUUUCUAAAAUUGCCGCAAAUGAAUUUAAGUAGCCGUCAAGUUAAGAUACAUAGUGGACCUUUACGGGAGCAUAUCAAGAAUUGGGAUGAUGUGAACAAGACAUUGAGCGGAACAACAUACGAGAGUUUCCUUCGAUCUGACUGUUAAAUUUCCACCUUCAUUGAUUGAUGAAGGAGGUGUAGAUAUCAACCUGGAAAUCUAUCUUACUGCAUUACAACAGCAACUGCUACGCCUGAAAACCAAACAGAUUGAGGCCGGCAAUGUGAGCAAGCUCACAUAGGGGUAAGGUCUGCGUACACAUUACCCUCCCCAGAUCCCACUGGGUGGGAUUCUACUGGGUUGUUGUUGUUGUUGUUGUAAUGUGAGCAAGCUCACAUAGACGGUGCAUUGGUCGAUGUAAAUCAACAGAAAUCCAGCUUAGCCCCACAUUUUUCCAAAUUGCAAGUGUAAUUAAGCUGAGUGUCCCCCCCCCACCCCCCCCCCCUUUUUUUUUUCCUUUCAUUUUUCUUUGUAACUUUUCAAUGUUCUUGGUUUCUGUAACUUAACUAGGAAAUGAUUAAAUCUGCAAAUUAAUGCAGGUGGUGAGAGGUUAUCUAUUUUUCCAAUUAUUCA